CUUUCUUCCUCUCUUGCUCUGACCCUGCAGCCUUGGUUUUUUGUCUCUUUUAAACUUCCACACUCUGGCCCGAUGGUUAUGAUCCUCUACUUGCAGCAGACUUGGGAAAAGGAAGGUGUCUGACAAGUAACACAGGAAGACUCUCCUUUUCCCUUCACAGACGUAUUGAGCGAUGUAUUGAGUCUCAAGUGAGAUGGCAGGCGCUGGGGAGCGCAAGGGAAAGAAGGAUGACAACGGUAUAGGCACAGCCAUCGAUUUCGUGCUAUCCAAUGCCCGGCUUGUGCUGGGUGUGGGUGGAGCUGCCAUGCUGGGCAUUGCCACACUGGCUGUCAAACGGAUGUAUGACCGUGCAGUCAGUGCUCCUAGCAGCCCCACUCGCUUGAGCCAAUCAGGAAAAAGAAGCUGGGAAGAGCCAAAUUGGCUGGGGUCCUCCUCACGGUUGUUGAGCCAGGACAUGAAGACUAAUCUGAGCCGGUCCCUACAGACACUUCCCACCGAUGUUUCAGCUUCUGAUGCAGACUCAUUUCGACCCCCAAAGCACAAGCCAUCUGUUAAGAGGAGCCAGGUAGAGCUGAAGAAGUCACGCCUUCGUCUGUCACUGCAAGAAAAACUCUUUGCCUACUACCGGAGGAGGGUGGCAAUCCCAGUAGAAGAACAGGCCCGGGCCAAACAGGCUGCUGUGGAUAUCUGUGCUGAGCUGCGUAGCUUCCUCCGUGCCAAGCUGCCUGACAUGCCUCUGCGUGACAUGUACCUCAGUGGCAGCCUGUACGAUGAUCUGCAGGUAGUGACUGCUGAUCACAUCCAGCUCAUUGUGCCCCUGGUGUUGGAGCAGAACCUGUGGUCAUGCAUUCCAGGUGAGGACACCAUCAUGAACAUACCUGGUUUCUGCCUUGUCCGUCGGGAAAACCCAGAGUAUUUCCCCCGGGGGAGCAGCUACUGGGACCGAUGUGUGAUAGGGGGCUACCUCUCCCCCAAGGCUGUGGCAGACACCUUUGAGAAAGUAGUAGCAGGCUCCAUCAACUGGCCAGCUAUUGGGGCACUUCUGGAUUAUGUGAUCCGUCCAGCAGCACCUCCAGAGGCUCUCACCCUGGAGGUCCAAUAUGAGCCGGAACAGCAACUUCUUAUUGAUUUCCUACCAUCUGUGACAUUGGUUGACACUGUCUUGGUGGCCAAACCCCACCGAUUGGCCCAGUAUGACAAUCUAUGGCGACUGAGCCUGCGGCCAGCAGAGACUGCACGCCUGCGGGCCUUGGACCAAUGCGAUUCUGGCUGCCGUUGCAUGUGCCUCAAGAUCCUCAAAGCUGUGUGCAAGUCAAACCCAGCUCUGGGUCACCUUACUGCCAGCCAGCUCACCAAUGUCAUCCUGCAUCUGGCCCAAGAGGAGCCUGAUUGGUCCCAAAAUGUGCUAGCUGACCGCUUCCUGCAGGCACUGAAGGGUCUGAUUGGCUAUUUGGAAGCAGGUGUCUUACCCAGUGCUCUGAAUUCCAAGGUGAACUUGUUUUCAGAGCUCACCCCUGAAGAAGUGGAUGAAUUGGGCUACACCCUCUAUAGCUCCCUUUCAGAACCAGAAAUCUUACUGCAGACAUAAUGGGACCUUACAGAGGAGAAUGGCAGUGUUUAUCUAAGAUGGACUUUGAAUCCUACUAAAUAUGUCCCCUUCACCACUCUCCCUCUUUCUCCCUAUCCCUCCAUCUCUCUUUUUAAGGUCAUCAUCAUUUCCUACUGUUGAGUUUGGUGCUCCCACUGGAUUUCUUGGUGCUACUGGUUUAGUUCCACCAUUCUCUGUCCCAGCUGUUACUUUCUGACUGGGGAAAAGGGGGUGGAACUGCAGCUCAGAGACUGUUGCUUAAAAACCUGCAGGUAUUGAAAUUGCAUAUUGGAAUCCUAUGCUCUCUUCUCCCUGUACUGUCUGCCAUGCUGCAGUGAACCCCUUUGCUCUUGCUUUAGAAUUGGCAGAAUUGGAGCAGUGAAUCCAGUGGCAGUUCUAGCAAACUGACUUUUGAUGUUCUGUAUUUCUCCAUUUUUCCUGCUGAUUUGCCUUGCAUUGUUUAAUUAUCUUUUCCCUUGCACAUGAUAUCACCUGCCUCUUCUUCCUCUGUCUCUCUCUGGCCUAGAAUUGCAUGGAGCAGCCUGAAUGGGAUGUUUUUAAUAUGACUAUUUAUGGCCGUGACGGCAUUUUGGAAUGUACAUUGUCUGACGAUUGUAAAGACAGUAUUGCGG